CCUAUACCCAUCUCAUAUUGUUGCAACUAUCCCGUUGCUUUGCACUCAAGUUUACACUUGCCAGAGGUUCCACUCCACGGUUCUUCUUUUCCGGUCGACAAUAUUAUGCGUGGGCUUCAUGGAGACGAUCAGCAGGUGGUCGCGCGUCGGGGUGAGAGGAACAGCCAUGAACUUUCGACUGUCACAGACAGUAUGGACAACACGGUUGCUACGUUGUCUGAAGAGCAGGAUGGAGACCUUAAAGCCUGGCUGCGGGUGCUAGGCAGCUUCUUGAUUUUCAUCAACAUAUGGGGCUUUGUGUUCAUCUUUGGCGUUUUUCAAAGCUUUUAUCAACUGUCAUACAUACCCUCCGAAUCACCAUCCUCGAUCGCUUGGGUUGGGACAGUCCAAAGCGCCCUUCUAUCUUUGAUCGGUGUACUUGCUGGGCCUCUCUUCGAUCUCGGAGCAUAUCGCUCCAUGACCGUUGUCGGUGCAUUGCUUGUGCUAGUUGGCCUCUUUACCUUGAGCCUGUCCACGGCAUAUUAUCAGAUCUUUCUAAGUCAGGGCGUGUGCAUCGGGAUUGGAGGAGGACUUCUCUACGUCCCUUCCCUGGCUCUAGUCAGCACAUCUUUCAAGAAAAGACGCGCACUGGCGCUUGGUACCUUGACUUGUGGGAUUGGUAUAGGUGGUGUCGUCUAUGUGGCAGUUUUCCAAUCCCUCCUUCCCCGAGUCGGUUUCGCUUGGACUGUACGUGUCUUGAGCUUCAUUGCUACAGCUAUUUUCGGAUUAGCUGUGCCUAUCUUGCUUUUCAGCGGCCCAAAAACGCAACGAGCGUCGUCUACUCGAAAACUGUUUGACAAGACGGCGCUACAGGAUCUUCCCUUCAUGGUAUAUUCGUUGGCGUCCUUCAUAAUAUUCCUAGGGUAUCUGGUUCCAUUCUUCUACAUUCCGUCUUACGCCGAGGUUGUUUUGGAAACACGAGAAUCCACAGGAUUUUGGGCAUUGGCGGUGGCCUCGGCCACCUCGAUCGUGGGGCGCCUGGGGUCGGCUCUUCUCGCACAAAGGGUAGGCAUCAUGGUAUCUUGGGUUACUUGCUCUGCGAUCUCGGCAACGCUGUGUCUCUGUUGGAUUGCCGUACGGAAUAUUCCUGCGCUCUAUGCAUUCUGUGCGUUAUAUGGUUGUUUCUCGGGAGCCUUGGUUGCACUUCCUCCCACAGUCUUUCCCAAGAUUUGCAAGGAUCCAAAUCAACUCGGUACAUGGAUGGGAAUGGGUUGGUUCGCAUCCGGAAUCUCCUUCUUGAUUGGAGCUCCGAUCGCCGGAGUCUUGAUCAAGACCAACACUGCUGGUCAUGAUGGUUACAAUUUUCUAGCCGUGCAGCUCAUGAGUGGGCUGUUACUUGGAGCUGGCACAAUCUGCUUACUAGUGCUGUGGGCACUCUUGGUCAAGACUCGAGGGGAGAGACUUCUUGUCUAGAGGAGUUCCAAACUCCAUGGCGGAUCACGUUUUCUCA